GCGGCGCUGGGCCGGACCCGGCGGGCUCAGAGCGGCGAUUCCCGGCGGUACCGGAGCGGCUGGACCGGCCUGGCGGUACCGGCCUCGGCGUCCUGCCCCUGCCCGUGGCAGCCCUGCCCGGCCCUGCCAUGCUGGCCGUAGAAUGGCCCCUGUGGAGCAGGACGCGCUGGCCGUGCGGGAGCAGCUCUUCCACGAGAGGGUCCGCGAGUGCAUCAUCUGUGCCCUGCUCUUCGCCAGCCUCUACAUCCUCUGCCACUUCAUCAUAACCCACUUUAAGAAGCACACGGAUUUCACAGCAGUUCACGAUGACGAGGAUGCUGCUGUCAACAGGAUUGCGUUGGGGCUCUGUACCUUCACCCUGGCUGUGGCACUGGGUGCUGUCCUCCUCCUGCCCUUCUCCAUCAUCAGCAACGAGGUGCUGCUCUCCUUCCCCCAGAACUACUACAUCCAGUGGCUCAACGGGUCCCUCAUUCAUGGCCUCUGGAAUUUGGUUUUCCUCUUCUCCAAUAUGUCCCUGGUCUUCCUCAUGCCCUUUGCCUACUUCUUCACCGAGUCAGAGGGGUUUGCAGGAUCCAAGAAGGGCAUCAUGGCCAGGGUGUAUGAGACGUCGGUGGUGCUGCUGCUGCUGACGCUGCUGGUGCUGGGCAUGGUCUGGGUGGCCUCUGCCAUCGUGGGCAACGACGCUGCCAGUCGCCAGUCACUCUACGAUCUCUGGGAGUAUUAUCUGCCCUACCUCUACUCCUGCAUCUCGCUUUUUGGUGUCCUGCUGCUGCUGUUGUGCACCCCCUUUGGCCUCUCCACCAUGUUCACUGUCACUGGGAAGCUGCUGGUGAAACCCCGGCUCCUGGAAGACCUGGAUGAGCAGCUGAGCUGCACGAGGUUUGAGGAAGCCGCUGUGUCCCACAGGAUCCGCUCUGGCAAAGCUUCCUGCUGGCUGAAUCUGGACAUGGAGAUGCUGCGGGAGCAAUUCUUUGCCAUCCGGAGCAAGAGGAGGAAGCUGGAGCUGCGGCACCGAGCAUCGCCCUGGCAGAGGAACCUGGGCUACCCCCUGGCCAUGCUGGGCCUCCUGGCACUGACAGGCAUCUCCGUGCUCAUCGUCUGCUUCCACGUCCUGGAGCUGCUGCUGGACGAUGCCGCGAUGCCACGGGGCAUCCAGGAUGCCUCCCUGGGCCAGGUUUCCUUCUCCAUCUUUGGUUCCUUUGGAGCUGCACUGCAGGUUGUCCUCAUUUUCUACCUAAUGCUCUCCUCUGUCGUGGGCUUCUACAGCUCCCCCCUGUUCACUCGGCUGCUGCCGGAGCGGCAGGACACCCCCCUCACCAAGAUCAUCGGGAACUGUGUCUCCUUGCUGGUGCUCAGCUCAGCACUGCCCGUCUUCUCCAGGACACUGGGUGAGCCUCCCAGAGGGAUCAGGGUGAUGCCUGGAUGGGAAUGGCCCCAGAUUUGGGGUGCCCUGACCAAUGUACCUCACCCUGUGCAGGGAUCACCCGUUUUGACCUCCUGGGGGAUUUUGGCCGCUUCAACUGGUUGGGGAACUUCUACAUCGUCUUCCUCUACAACAUGGGCUUUGCUGGGCUCACCACGCUGUGCCUGGUCAAAAGGGUCUCCUGGGCAGUCCAGGCCGAGCUCAUCCGUGCCUUUGGUCUGCACAAGCUGCCGCUGCCCGUGACGCGCUGCCGGACCCGCAGCAAGCCCUGCUAGGGCUGGGGGGACAGGGACGUGUCCCCCCUCUCACUGUGGUGGCCACCAGGGUGGCUGCCAGCCACAGAGCUGGCCCUGAUAGCUCCUGGUGCCUCAGGGACAUCAGAGCCCCUCAGGGAAAGCUGAGACACCUUUGGGGGUUGCCUCCCCUGCUCUGUCUCAGCUGUUGUGCUACUGAGCCUUGGCCUUGAGCCACAUCCCCAAGGGGAGCGGGGUCCCCCCGAGGCUGUGCUGGCUGCAGCCCCCUCACCCCCAUUUACAUACCUCGUGCAACAAUGGCCAGGCCCUGCCCCGACCUCCCCUGGCUGCUCCCUGGGGUCUGGCUGAGUUUUAAAUGCUGCCCCACCUGUCCUGACACUGUGGAAGGGGGUCCUGUGCUCAGAGCCACUCCACACUCCACCCCUCUGUCACUCUGGGGCUGUAGGGGGACACUGGUUGUCCCCUGCCCACCCCUGAGGUCUUUGGGGUCCCUAAUAGGGGACAGCCCCCCUCUCCAGCUGCUUGAUGUGAUGAGUAUGUCAGGUCUCUGUUACAACAGAACUUGU